AUUUCUGGCCCAACCUGUUCCACUCUUAUUACUACUCUGAAAAACCUCAGUACAUUUUAAAAUACCAAAAAUUUAUUAUCAUUUAUACAUUUUCUGCUCCCAAAACCAUAACCAAGUUCCAAUCUCUUUUCUCAAACAGAAACCCUGCACUUUCUAUUCAAGUUUCAAUGUUCAAACCCUCUGUUGCGUAUCUACAGUGAAACCCAAAUUAUUCAUUCUUUUUCUUCUUGCUCUGUUUUUUGUUUUUCUUUCUCUGUUGUACCAUGUUAGAAACUGGUGCACGUGAUUCUGAGUUAAGUUCAAUGAGCAGUGAAAGCAUUUGCAGCACUAGUUUCAGUCGUCUUUCAUUCGACCUACUUCCACCUUCUCCAGAAAGUCUCUCCAUCAAGCCUCACCGUUCUUCCGAUUUCGCCUACUCUGCAAUCCGUUCCGCCGCAUUUCGCCGCAAAUCCGCUCUAACUUUCCGUGACUUCCAUCUCCUCCGCCGUAUCGGUGCUGGAGACAUCGGAACAGUUUACCUCUGCCGUCUCAGAAACGAAAAAGAAGAAGACACGUGUUGCUUGUAUGCGAUGAAGGUUGUUGAUAAAGACGCUGUUGCGUUGAAGAAGAAAUCACAGAGAGCUGAAAUGGAGAGAAAAAUUCUGAAAAUGCUUGAUCAUCCUUUUCUCCCUACACUCUACGCUGAAUUUGAAGCUUCUCAUUUUUCUUGCAUUGUUAUGGAGUUUUGUUCCGGUGGUGACUUGCAUUCCCUCCGCCACAAACACCCUCAUAACCGUCUUCCUCUUCCUUCCGCCAGAUUUUAUGCGGCUGAGGUAUUGGUGGCUAUGGAGUAUCUUCACAUGUUAGGAAUCAUUUACAGAGAUCUAAAGCCUGAGAAUGUUUUAGUUAGAUCCGACGGUCAUAUCAUGCUAUCAGAUUUCGAUCUUUCACUUUGCUCUGAUGCAAUCCCAGCCGUUGAAUCAUCAGACAUUUUAAAAGAUCCCGUGUUUCCAUCAACAUUACCCUACACUCGCUCGCGUUCUUUGCCUACUCCAUUCACUUGCUUUUCAAACCGGUUAUUUAAGUCACGUAAGGUUCAAACCGUUCAACCGAACCGGCUUUUUGUUGCUGAACCGGUUUCUGCUCGGUCUUGUUCUUUUGUUGGAACACAUGAAUAUGUCUCGCCGGAAGUUGCUGCCGGAAACUCUCACGGCAACGCCGUAGACUGGUGGUCGUUUGGGAUAUUCAUCUAUGAGCUUAUAUAUGGGUAUACUCCGUUUGCGGCUCCAUCGAAUAAAGCUACACUGCGCAACAUCUUAAAAAAACCAUUAACCUUUCCUACAGCCACGUCCUCAAGCACGCUUGAAUUUCACGCGCGUGAGUUAAUAUCCGGGUUGCUUAACAAAGAUCCAGCUCAACGGCUCGGGUCAAAGCGCGGCGCGGCUGACGUAAAGAAGCAUCCGUUUUUCAAAGGGAUUAAUUUGGCGCUGAUUCGUAUGUUUACGCCGCCUGAAGUUCCUGGCUCAAGAAGGACCAAAACGACACCGUUGUACAGUGGGAAGAGUAAUGGUAGUAGUAAACGGCAACAAACGGCGUCGUUUGAUAUUUUCUUUUGACAAAAAAAAAAAAAAGAAUUUGGUGCCACGUCUUUAGUGACGUAGUUUGUAUAUUGGAGUAUUGAAGCAUGUUGUGUUUUCAAUAUGAAAAAAAUAUACAUAAAUAUUUAGGUGAACAUUAUUUUGUCUUUGGAUGCAAUUUAAAAAGCUUUGUAGUGUAUUAUUAAUAUUAUUAUUGUGUAUGAAAUGGAGAAGGGAAAUUAUUGAAUUAAAUUGAAUGUACUGAA